UCAGAGGCAUUCAGAAAGAUAGGGCACGUCAACGUGAAGAAGGCCGACUCGUGUCUACGGCACUGCAAUUACUUCAGGACUGGAAUUAUUCCCCUGCAUUUAAGACACGCACACCAUGCCGAAGCAUUAUCCUGUUUCAGAGGGAGGAAAGGCAGACCCGUGGCCCUGAUAUCGACCCGUGCCACCGGAAACCUGUUAGCUCAGGCAGCUAACGACAGCUAGCUAACUUAACGCUAGCUGUUACAUACCCUCGUUUUUUUCACGCAUCUGACCUCCACCACAACACAGGCGUAUUGAGUAUCACCAGCUUGUUAGGUUGGGGUCGGGUUUUUUGACUCCCAUCCCCGUUGUUUGUGUUUGGUGCCCCGUGGACUCUUCUCGAAUAUGAUACAUAAUGAGUCAAAGAGAUACUUUAGUUCAUCUGUUUGCUGGAGGAUGUGGGGGCACGGUUGGAGCCAUACUGACUUGUCCACUGGAAGUAGUGAAGACCCGUCUCCAGUCCUCUUCCAUCACCCUCUAUGUAUCUGAGGUUCAGCUCAGUACAGUUAAUGGGGCCAGUGUGGCCCGCAUGUCCCCACCAGGCCCCCUCCACUGUCUCAAGUUAAUUUUGGAGAAAGAAGGACCUCGCUCUCUCUUCAGGGGCUUGGGGCCAAACUUGGUGGGUGUGGCACCUUCUAGAGCAAUCUACUUCGCUGCUUACUCCACUGCCAAAGAGAAACUGAACGGUGUGUUGGAACCUGACUCCACACAGGUACACAUGGUCUCAGCUGGAAUGGCAGGUUUUACAGCCAUCACAGCAACUAAUCCCAUCUGGCUCAUUAAGACCCGCCUACAGCUGGAUGCCAGGAAUCGAGGUGAGCGAAGGAUGAGUGCGUUUGAGUGUGUGCGGCGAGUGUAUCGGGCAGAUGGCCUGCGAGGUUUCUAUCGGGGUAUGUCGGCAUCCUACGCCGGCAUCUCAGAGACUGUGAUCCACUUUGUGAUCUAUGAAAACAUUAAACGGCGCCUCUUGGAGGCAAAGGCACCACAGAACAUGGAUGAGGAAGAGGAGGCAUCUAAAGAUGCUUCAGACUUUGUGGGCAUGAUGCUCGCUGCUGCCACCUCCAAGACCUGUGCCACAUCUAUUGCUUAUCCUCAUGAAGUGAUCCGUACUAGGCUACGUGAGGAGGGCACCAAGUACCGCUCCUUCUUCCAGACUCUGACAACAGUGCCCAAGGAGGAGGGCUACCGCGCCCUGUACCGCGGCCUCACAACGCACCUGGUACGACAGAUCCCCAACACGGCCAUCAUGAUGUGCACCUAUGAGCUGGUGGUCUACCUCCUGAACGGUUAAAGUCUUCCCCCUUUUAGACAGUAUGUGUUAACCCUGCCCCUGUCCGGAGAAGGAGAGAAAAGAAAGAGAGCAACUGCACACCAGCUAGCAGCCUGUUCCCAAGAAGAACGCAGAGACAGCAUGUUGACCUUUGUCUCAGUGAAGGAAGGGGUUCUUAAAAAUAGGUUUUGUUUUAUAACCAAAGGGUCUGGCACAAUGACAAGACUCCCAAGGGUCUGCAUUAGAUGGGGAUUUGGGUUUAGCAGUGGCUAGGCAUCGUUGAUUGCUGUCAGCGCCAUCUACUUUCAUUUGUUUUCCAUCUGAUUCCCCUUCCUUUGGUUAUAUGCGCAGCUUGUGCAUCCUCUAAUUGAGAGUAAUUCAAAACGAAGUACCAUAGUUACAGUAUAAUCUGUCUCUAACAAUACUAAUAAGAAUGAGAAAGUACAGUAAUCCCAGCCCUUACCUCCUAAUGGAUAUAAGACCCUCUACAGCUACAGGCUUUGUCCUUGCGACUAUUUAAAUAGUAUGAUUACUCCAAGAGGCCCCAAAUACAAAGAUGCCCAGAGCUUAAGUCUUGGACAAGGGUUUUCUGACAUUGAGGAGAGUAAGGAGCAGUUGGUGCUUGGGGCUUGUUGAUUGAAGAUGAACAGAGGAUAAUGGUGAAUGGGAGGAUAGGUGAAAGACAAAAUGUGCCUUGUGUUAAAAUGUGAUGUAGACUAAAGAUGCACAGCGGCUGCAGGGGCAGGUGGCGCUCUGGUUGACUGGACACAGAUACUAGAGGAGUAGAGCUGUAGCUGUACACUGGUGUUAUGUGUUUUCAGGCGCUCAUGGAACCUUUUAGUGAAGCUUUUUUACAUAUCGUGAACACACUUAUUAUUUUCCCUGAGCUCUUUACACUAAAUACCCACAGUACAUGAAACCGUUGCAUAAGUGGCAGAUUUGUUUUCCCCCAAUGCGUAGAUGUGUAUAAUAUGAAGUCAGGACCUUGGAAACUGUUUGUGUAAACCAAGUGUGAAAAAAAACUAAUCACUAAGGUUUAACGGAGCCUUUAAGGUCACCAGAAUAUAAUCCACCUUUAACUACUGGAAUGUAAAUAGGCCAGAGGAGUAUAUAAACAGAAGCAGAACAUAGACCCAUAUUGUGAAUUAUAAAUAAAUAAAAAUCUUAACAAAUUUUAAUAUUGAUAGAUAUUAUAUGAAUGGCUACAUGAUUGUGUUGAGCUUGUCUGACAAGUAACAGCAAAUGUUCUUUACAGCAGAGAGGACUAAGCGUGAUACCAACUAAAACAACAGUGUUGUCAUUGCAGUAUGUUUUAGAGUUUCUCUACAACUCUCAUCUCAUUUGUUUUGCCUCAGUUGGAGAACCCAUGCUAGUUUUACAGGCGAGGACAAUCCUCUUGAGUUUACUCUGGAAACUUCUUGUACUAAGUUAAACCAGUGUGUGCAAGAAGUGGCCAGGAAUAUGCUCGUCAUAAGCGCACAUUAAUUAAAUGCAGACUAGUGUAAACAUGGUUGAUUCCCUCCUGUAUUCAGUUGAGGGUUUUUGUUCUUGGUGAAAACAUGUCUUCUCCAAAAGAAAAAAAAAUCACUGCAUUUCAGGAUUAAAAAAAAAAAAAGAAGAAGAAGGCUUUUGUUUUGUUUGUCAGUGUUUCAUGUACUUGGAUUUCCCUGUUAUGGGAUGGAAAUGUGCUUGCUCUCUGCUUUGAAUGCUUUUUUAAAAGCAGUUUUAUGUUAUGAACAGUUCAAAUAACAGCAGAAAACAGUGUUUUGCUAUCAUCUCGAUCAUUCGAUCAUCCCAGUUACCACAUAUGCAGACCUUCUGUAAACACAUCACCAGCUCUUAGCCUGUUGAUAAUUAGUGCAUUCUAACCGACUGCAAAUGGUUCAGCCCACAACACAAGUAAUCAUCCAGCUAUAACAGCUCACGCUAUGGUUUUAUUCCAGUGUAUUUUAACUGACUUUGAUAACUUCUCUAAACACUUCCCUCACCCUUUUUUAGGUCAGAGUAGUGCUGGUGCGCAGCAGUCCCAUGGAAGGGAAGGGCAGUUUUGACAUAUGCAGCUAAACUAUGCUCACUCUCUCAGUGCCGUUGUGCUUGAGACUGUAAACACAGCUUAAGUGUGACCCUGAUGCUUUUCAGAGAACUCCACCGCAAUUAUUGAUCCUCAAUGUGAACACUUGAGUUUUACAGCAUACAUGAAGGAUGCAUUAGUUUAGCCUCACUGUAAUUCUUAUCAGAUGUGUCGAUGCUUACAGACUGUACCGUCAACACACACUAGUGGUAGGUGACACUGUUGCUGCUAGUAGUGAUCAUGUUACUGGCUACACUCCUAUUGGUUUAAAACAGGAUGGAUAGACAAGUCAUGCCAAUAGUGUGAGUUGGUGGUGCAAAUUAAAGGAUCAGUUCACCCAUAACACAAGUGAACAUGUUUUCCCUUUUACUUUACUGUAUGUUUGUUUUCCAAAUUUUGAGGAUCCAUGAGGAGAGUUUCAUACACAGGUUAAAAAAAUGUUUAUUCUUUGGCAGGAAGUAGUUUCAGCUUAUGCAGAGAGGAUUGUCAUUGUUUAUUGUAACAGGAACUUUGAUUCUAAGCACCACAAAUAUUGUAGCGUUCACUUUCAACGAAUGAAUUGUCAUCAAAAUGCGAAAACAAAACCAUCUCUAGCAGUACUGUUCAGAUAUUGUCCCUUCCAUUUGGGUGAACUGCCUCUUUAACUAUGUGUCUGUAUGCAUCUCAUUUGUUUGUGUACGUGUCUCAUAGUUUGUCAGAUGAUAAUUUUCUACGUCCCGUGGUUAUUCUUUUGCACCCACACGUUUGCAUUGUGUGCCAGUGAGUGUGUGUGUGUGUGUGUGUGUUAGCGCGGACUUGCUUACAUGACGGUCUAAUGUCAUACAGUCUUGUGUGUAAGAGAUCAUAAGAGUGUAUGCACUCAGUUGAAUAGCUGCAAACUGUUUUUAUCUUUUUAAAUGAAUUGUUGCCUUUUUCCUGACACCCUUUGUUUUUUCCAUGUUGUCAUUGUGGAGCCGACUGAUCGGGAGGCUCGGUCUAUGCAUUCUCUCAUACCGGUUUUUGUAAAACAACAAGUCAAUAAAAUGGAGAGUGCAAGUACA